AUGGGUCUUACAAAUAGGUUAUCAUAUAUCAAAUUCGAACAUAUCGCAAGAUGGUUAACAAUUUUGGUGUUUAUCUUAAUUUUGGUGGCAUUUACUAUUUAUGAUAUUCGUAAAGUAAUAUUAGCAAAACACUAUCCACUUAUCGAAACUAAAUUCGAAGUUCGUGAAAGGUUAUAUAUGCCUGGUAUAGUUGUUUGUGGACCAAAUAUGAAUGUUCAACCAAAAUGUUAUUUGGGAUUGACGGGUACUAAAGGAAUUGAAUGUGAUAGUCAUUGGUGGUCUCAAAGACCUAUUGAACAAUUCAAAUUUAUUUUUCCAGAUACAGUUGGAGAAGGUGCAUGGCUUCCAAAUGCAAAAAAUUGUUAUAUACUUACACCUCCAUAUACGUCAAUGUUUUCACCAAACUUGACGGAAGAGCUGACCAUUUCUCUUUACUCUAAUGAAACCACUACAUCCGUUCCUUCAACACGUCGAUGGGAGGUCUUGAUAAUCCUUGUUGUGUGUGGCUUCACAUUUUGUAAACUUGUAACUAAAGAUGUAGAAUUACCCGAUGGGAACCUUCUAAUUACAUAUGAUGUAUCUCCUGCAAGGAGGGCGUUACCCGUUUUCAGAAACGAAACAAAGAAAUGGGGAGAGAUUCAUAUUAGACCUGAUUAUGAACCAGCCCUUGGUGGAUAUGAAGUUACAGUUAGUCGUGAACGAGAAUAUUUCACAAUAUAUGAUCUACUUCCAACAUUUGGUGGUUGUAUAGGCAUGCUUUUCUUAAUGUAUAAACUAUUAUGGGGAGACAAUCGGCUAAAACCGUUCGGAUUAUUUCAAAAAUAUAUAUUUCAUUCAACACCAACUAUUUCUACUAACUAUUUUGAUAAUGGAGCUGUAGUUUUAGAUCGCAUUAAAAAACCUCAAUCAGCAGCCAUAAAAUCAAGUAAUAAAGGGUUUACGAAAAUGUCAGAUGACGACUCAGAUCAUAUUCAACGUGACACUAACUAUCCUUUUAAAGGAUAUGGAGCAGAGCAACUUGAUGAAAUGACAAGUUCUUUAGUAGGAUCAGGGGCAAACCCUGGUAUUGGAGGAAACAUUGUUCAAACGAAUUCUGACCAGCUUAAAGAUCAUAGCCGCAUUGCUGAAACGGAAGAUAUCAGGAAAGAGAUUGAUCUAUUAAGACAAGAAUUUCUUGAUUGGAAGAAUAUUUUAACACGUUAUUUUAUCGUUUAA